GCCUCAGUCGUGUGAAGGGUGUCGAGGCGCUAGUGUCAAUCUCGCCCGCCGUCGGCCUUCGCCCUCGCUCCGUCCGCGCGCCGCCGUCCUGGGUGUCCUCCGGCAGGCUUGGAGGUGCAGGUGUGAGGCGCGACCGCGAAACGUGUCCUCGAGGAGCACCCGACCGCCCUUAUCGCUCGGAUCUCUCUCAAGGACGAGUGAGUGUGAGAGGCUGAGAGUACGAGUGUGAAGGGAGGAUAAGCAGACUCCGCAAAAGAAUGAGUGAUAAAGGAAACAAAUAAACUAAAAAUAAUCACAAAAGGAACAAAAAAUUCAGCGAAACGGACAGCGAAAUAGGAAGAAGGAUAACAAGAAUAACAAGAGGAACAAGAAUAAGAAGAAACAAAAACAGCGACAGACAGACAGAUCUUCAUCUUGUCAAAGACCGCCCAGGAGAUGGGUAUCGAGGGCCACACUGCAGCCGAGGUCUUCCAGGUUCUCAAGGACGACCCAGACCAGCGUUUCGGCAGCAAGGACGAGCUUCUCAACACCUACAGGCAGAGAAUUUAUGGCGAUAUCUACCCCCUGAUGCACCAGCUUUUCGACAUCGUGCCUGAAGUUAAUGUGACGGUCGAGGGGGUGGACGAACCCAACGCCGUCUAUGCCUACUACGCGGGGCCCUCCAUGGAUGGGUCGCGCCUGGGGACGUUCUUCUUAAACUCGUAUAUUUAUGAUAAGCAUAAGAAAUACGAGGUCACGGCCCUCGCCCUUCACGAGGCCAUCCCAGGUCACCACUUCCACUCUGCCUACACGAAGAUGAACCCUUCCACGCCAGAUUUUCGGAAAUAUAUCGACAGCACGAGAAUGGGCGACGUCCCAGCGAAGUUUCCCCUGCACACCGUUUUCGUCGAAGGCUGGGGUCUCUAUGCCGAGCUGCUGGGAGAGGAAUUGGGUCUUUAUGCCGACGCGUAUCAGAGAUUAGGGCGGUAUUCCUUCGAGCUGCUUCGCGCGAGCAGACUUGUGGUCGACACGGGAAUCCACGCCCUCGGCUGGUCACGUGACAGGGCGGUCAGCUUCAUGCUGGAACACACGGGCAUGUCCGAAACCGCGAUUCAGAUCGAAGUGAACCGCUACAUCACGUGGCCCGGCCAAGCGUGCUCUUACAAAAUCGGCGAAAUCAAAAUAAAAGAGUUGCGGCAAAAAGCACAGAAUGCUUUGGGAAAUCUGUUCCGAUUGCAAGAUUUUCAUGGCGUGUUGCUGCAGUGCACAGGUCCCCUGAACAUUCUGGAACAGUGCGUCAACAACUAUAUAGAAAGGACGAUACCGACCAUCGACGAAGCCGAGGAAAACGGGAAUGGGAAUGACGAAGAAAACGGAGUUGAGGAAAACGGAGAUAGCUCUAGUCCGGGUGUUACAGAAAACGGUGAUAUGGGAGACUCAACUAAUUCAGAGAACGCUGGGGCCUCUUUGAAAUAUGAUGAAUAUUUUGCUGUGAUUUUGUCUGUGUCUAUAUUGCGCGUAUUGUAUUUAUUUAGAUAGUCAUAUUUUUGUUGCUGUGUAUCAUGUAUCCAAACCUUAUGUAUACGUUUAUUCACUGUAUGCGUGUUCUGUAUAUCACUUUUUCUGUUGUGUUUGUACAUUUGUCUCUCGUCCAACCUUGUAGCUAAUCACAUCAUAGUCAUGUAUUGUAAAAUAUUCCUUUCAGAUAUAUGCAAAUAUAUAUGUAUGAAAUAA